AUGCCGCCCCACCCACUAUCUGGACCAGAGCCACAGUGGCCGAUACCAACGUUCAACCUCCGUAUCGAGGACCUUGCACAUCCGGGCACAAAGCUGUUCCUUGAUAACAUUCGUCCUGACGAGGCAUUACGCCAUGCCGUCACCACCGUCUGCACUUGGCUAUACACUGAACAAACGGUACCGCGGAACGUGCAGUUGAUCACACUCGUCCUCCGACCCAUGCCUGGAGUCGCUCAUACCUUCGGCUCUCCGACGACGAAGGAAAUACACUUCUCCCUGGAUCACAUCCGCAAUUCGCAGUCACGCGCCAAAGACGAGAUCCUCGGUGUCCUCACCCACGAGAUGGUUCAUUGCUAUCAAUACAAUGGCGAAGGCAAAACCCCCGGCGGUCUCAUAGAGGGCAUCGCAGAUUGGGUCCGUUUGAAUGCGGGAUACGCGCCUCCGCAUUGGAAGAAGGAUGCCGACGGUGAUUGGGACGGGGGUUAUCAGAAGACAGCGUACUUCCUUGACUGGAUCGAGGGUCGGUACGGAGACGGUUCCAUACGUGAGUUAAACGAAGGCAUGAAGGAUGUGGAGUACGACGAGCACAUCUUCAAGGACGUCACCGGCAGGAAGGUUUCUAAGUUAUGGACCCUUUACAAGGAGCAUCUCGAGGAGAACAAGUGAUCAACUUACUGCUGAUGUAUAUCUGAUAUAUCAUAUUCCAGAGCUCUCCGCCACAAUGCGGUAUUCAAGCGGUUUCAAGAUGUCAUACUGUGUUGCACUUCGGACUUUGC